AGAAGACUACUUGGGUUCAUGGUCUCUAAUAUUUCAUACAAGAGCUCCCUUUAGUGAGUCCUUCUUUUCCUGACUGCAGCUCUUUUCAUUUUGCCAUCCUUUUCCAGCUCCAUGAUGGUUCUGCAGGUUUCUGCGGCCCCCGGGACAGUGGCUCUGACGGCAUUACUGAUGGUGCUGCUCACAUCUGUGGUCCGGGGCAGGGCCACUCCAGAGAAUUACCUGUUCCAGGGACGGCAGGAAUGCUACGCGAUUAACGGGACACAGCGCUUCCUGGAGAGAUACAUCUACAACCGGGAGGAGUUCCUGCGCUUCGACAGCGACGUGGGGGAGUUCCGGGCGGUGACAGAGAUGGGACGGCCUACUGCGGAGAACUGGAACAGCCAGAAGGACAAACUGGAGGAGAAGCGGGCAGUGGCGGACACGGUGUGCAGACACAACUACGAGGUGAACGAGGCUGUGACCCUGCAGCGCCGAGUCCAGCCGAGGGUGAACAUCGCCCCCUCCAAGAAGGGGCCCUUACAGCACCACAACCUGCUCGUCUGCCAUGUGACAGAUUUCUACCCAGGCAGCAUUCAAGUCCGAUGGUUCCUGAAUGGACAGGAGGAAACAGCUGGGGUCGUGUCCACCAACCUGAUCCGUAAUGGAGACUGGACCUUCCAGAUCCUGGUGAUGCUGGAAAUGACCCCCCAGCAGGGAGACGUCUACACCUGCCAAGUGGAGCACCCCAGCCUGGACAGUCCUGUCACUAUGGAGUGGAAGGCACAGUCUGAUUCUGCCCGGAGUAAGACGCUGACGGGAGCCGGGGGCUUCGUGCUGGGGCUCAUCAUCUGUGGAGUGGGCAUCUUCAUGCACAGGAGAAGCAAGAAAGUUCAACGAGGAUCUGUAUGAACAGCAUUCCUGAUUUCAUCAAAAGGACUAAUGUGCCUUGGAACAAGCAUUUUCUGUGUUUCGUUAGCACCAGUGGCUGGUACCGGGACAGACCCCCAGCUUCCCAAAGGAUGCAGCUGCCAAGAAGUUGCCCUGAAGCCAGUUUCUGUCAUUCAGCUCUUUGAUUUGAUGCACAGUUUCUUGAACUGGGUCUCCAACCAUGUUCCCUUCUUCUCAGCGCCAUAAAUAAUCAAAACCCAACAUGAGUGUUUAUUUUCUUUUAAAAAUACGCACCAAAUAUGCACCUCUCAUCACUUUUGUUUAAGGGUUUUAGUAAACAGUAGGAGUUAAAGCAGUUCAUUUUGGUUUACAUGCAGGAAAGAAGAACACCGUGAACAUGGGGAUAUGUUAACUAUUGUAUACUGUGUCCUGUUAGACAUGGCACUCUUCUGAAUUUACUGGAUUUAAGUGAGCUGCCCCCAAAUCAAGUUUAGUGCCUUCAUCCAUUUAGAUCUCAGACCACUAUUCUUAGCUAUUCCAUGGUGAACAGACUGCAAAUCUGCCUGUUAGGACCCAUAUUCACACAGCUCUGAUCCAACAUACAACUUACUGAGAGCACGUUUUAUCAUUAGCAUUAAGAAAUUAAAUGAACAUCAGAAUUUAAAAUUAUAAAUAUAAUCUAAUACCCUUUAAACAUUUUUUUCACAUGCCAUCACAAAUACUCCUUAACCAAAUCUAGCUUGGCCUUUCGAAUGCAUCAAGUAGACGUGAUUUAUCCUCUAAGUCUGCAUUCAUCCACCAGCCUCGGCCUCCUGUCUUCAUUUUCACAUAGACAGAAACGCCUCCGCGUUGGGAAAAGAGCAAAGCAAUAUGUGUAGCACUCUUCUUCAAGCACUGGUCAUUUUUUCUUUCUUUUUUUUUUUUCAAUCCAACAUCAUUCUGUGUUUUUCGCCUCAUAUUGACACCUUUCAGUCAAGGUAGAAGACAUGUUUGGUGUAAGCUUUCCUUUUCAUGAAGAGGAUAGAUUCUUCGCUCCUGAUACACAUAAUGAGUGCUCAGCAGCUCUCUGACACAUCCAGUUGAUGCCUUCCCUCUCCAUGGCUUCUUACAAGCUUCUUCUGGGCCUUAUGUGUCCCUGGGCGCCUGUCCCUGGACGAUUCCCACAAGCUACUGUGCUUCUCUCUCCCACCUCCCCUUGCAAAUAAUGCCCUGCAUCUGGGGACCAGCUUCCUCCAAUUCCAAGAGAAGUGGGGCUGAAGGUACAGAUUGGAUGUCACUGGCACAGAUAUAAGUAAAUAUAGCUAGAGUCUGCAGAGAGGAUCACGAGGUGAGGGAGUCAGGAAAGAGAAGCCACCCACAAGGAAAACCAAUCAUGUCUCGUAGAGUCUUCUUAACCUAGGGAAUAGGACACAAUCAUUUUUUCUUUUUAAAACAUCCUUAUCCCUGCUCAGCCUCGUUUCCUCAAAAACUAUAAAGGAAAAUGCUACUGA